AUGGUUCCCACCUACACCAAAUCACUCCCUGAGGACAUAUACCGGGUGGUCUCCAUGUUGUUUGAGAGAUGGGGCACUGUCCAUGUCAGUUUUGACUCCAAUGGAGACUUAAUCAUGUUGGAAGAGGCCCCCUCUCCUGCUGUUAUUGCCAUGGUAUAUGUCCCAAUCAGGAGCACCCCUCCUUAUUCUCACCUCCCUACUACUGCCUGUCCUCCUCCAUCUGCCCUUGUGGUGUUGGGCAGUACCUCAAUUAUUCCAGUUACCCCCUCUCCUAAUGCUGACAUCACUGCAUUGAGUUCUGUCCUUCUCUUGGACAUGGCUAGGGAACAUCUUCAUCAUUCAACUCCAGCCCCAGCCCCACAGGUAGUUGACUCUGCAGAAACCAAUCUUGACCCAACUAUCAUUCUGUUGCCAUCCAAUCUAACUCACUUUCUCAAGCAUGCUGAGGCUAACCUAGGGGUUCAGAAUGCCCAACUUCUUGAACCAGCACUAUGGCAACUUGGGGCUGGUCCAGACAUCCUCUCAGAAAUGGAUGAUGCUAUCCUUCAUGAUGCUGGUGUCACACCUGGAGAUAUUAUUUGCCUCAAAUGA